GAAGAGACGGGCUGGCCGUCUCUAGAUCGCCCUCCUUACACAGUACUACGUUCAUUAUUGGAGUUUAAUAUAUUUCCGCUUUGGAUGUUUCGGUUUCUCUAUUGGCUGUGGGGGAGGAAGACCGGGGAAAAGCAGACUCUCGAAAGGUGGGAGGCGGCGCAUGCGCAGAGCAGGACGGUGCGCUACUUAAGUCACUCGCCGGCCCGGGGGGAUUCCUGCCCUCAAGCUAUCGAGCUGCCGGGAAGGAGGAGCCGCCGAAGAGAGAAAGAGCGCGAGCUUUUCGCGCGCCUGCGCUGUGGGUCCCCUCCGGUUUCUUCCCCCGCCCCUUCGCCUGUUCAUCUCCGAGGUGUGAAAAAAAUAAAAACAAAGCUAUGAGGGACCGAACGCAGGAGCUAAGAGAGAAAGAUGAUGGCUCGGACAAUGAAGGGGUUGAACGUGUGGCCCUUGUCAAACAGCCUGGAUCAGCAAAACACAAUGACUCCCCAGAUCCUACUGAUGAAUUCUUCCAAAUGACACGUGGCAUCCGUGAAGCCUUGAAGGAACUGGAAAGCAAAGUGAAAGAACUAGAGAAAAACCAGGCUACAAUCCUGGCUACACCAAUCCCUGAAGAAAGCAUGAAGCAAGACUUACAAAAGCUGCGUGAGGAGAUCAAGGAGCUGGCAAAAGAAAUUAGAGCCCACCUGAAGAAAAUUGAGCCUAAGAAGGAGGAAGAAAAUGAGAACAGGAAUUCAUUCAACAACCGAAUGAAGAGAAACCAGCAUGGGAUCCUCUCCCAGCAAUUCUUGGAUCUCAUCAACAAGUGCAACUCCAUACAGUCUGAGUACCGAGAUCGGAAUCUGGAGCGCAUCAAACGACAUCUACAGAUCACUGGUAGCACAGUGGUGUCUGAUGAAGAGCUGGAUGAGAUGCUGGAGAGCGGUCAAACAGAAGUGUUUAUCUCAAAUCUCAUGAAGGACACACAAGUGACAAAGCAGGCCCUGAAUGACAUUGAAACAAGGCACAGUGAAAUCCUUAAAUUGGAGCGCAGCAUCCAGGAGCUACAUGACAUGUUUACACUCCUGGCUACAGAAGUGGAGCUGCAAGGAGAAAUGAUUGACAGGAUAGAGAAGAACAUUCUGGACUCCGGGGACUAUGUCAAGAAAGGGCAGCUGCACCUUCAUACAGCUCAGGAGAAUCAGAAGAAAGCUCGCAAGAAGAAGGUCAUGAUCGGCAUCUGCUUGAGCAUCACAGCAGUCGUCAUCAUCAUCAUCAUCAUCAUGUCUGUUAAACUCUAGAAGGACUCCCACUUGUGUCUCCCUUCACGCUGCACGGCCAGAGCCUGAUGGAUUUCCACUGGGCUACAUCUCUAUCCUGGAACUGCUCCCCCUUUGCUGGGGAGGCCCUUGCACUGACAGAUGGCUGGUGGAGAUCCUCCUGCCCUUCCAGUCUUGAAAGCACAUGCUGCCUGUUGCCUAGACUCUCUCCCCACGUUCAAAACUGUUUCCCGGUGCCUAUAACACUCAUAAUCUAGAAGAAGGUCCCUGCUGCGUUGGUUUUGACCUUUCCGGUUUAUUUUUGUAUGGUUUUCCUCAAUGGAUACUGUAGCCUUGAUUUGUCCUUAUAGAAAUGGUGAUAAGUCACUUCCAUCACAGAAUCCUCAAGCUUUUUUGUUUGUUCCUGUAAAGCCACAACAAAGCAACAUCUUGAACAACCCUAGUUUUCCUUUCCUGAUCAUGGCACCUUUUUUUAUUCUAGCCCUCUCCGAAGUACUGCUUCAGCACCUUCCUCAAUCUGCCAUAGUUGAUGCCGUGUCACUUUUUAAAAAAAGGCUCCUCCCCGCACAACAAAUUCUCUGUGUUCACUAGAGAGCAGAGGAGGAGGAGAAUAUUCCACAAAUGGUUGGGGCAGAUCUUGAUCCUUCACAUCCUAUACUCGUCCAUGUAGGGGGAAGCUACAGAGUCCAAAUCUGAGUAUUCUCUUCAUCCUCAGCUGAUUUAUUGGAUUUUUCUCCUUUGUCUUAGAGACACAGACCUAUUUUGAUAGAGGAUAGCAGAUUAGGACAUCCUGGUUCACUCUUGGCUGAAAUAUUGGGGUUGCCAAGCUAUUUUCCAAUUGCCUUUAGAGCUUUUGCUGUGUCUUUUCUCUAGCUAUGUGCCUUAGGAAUUAUACAACCAACUUUUUGUGACUAAAGAUUACUUCCUUCCCUCCUUUGGAUCUUUUGGUCCUAUUUCUACAAUGAAUUGAUCAAAUAUCCCAGUGCCAGCCUGAAAAGGAUUGAGCGUGAGCUAUAUGAUCUUUGUCUUUGCUCCCUUAUGGAAUUUGCACAGAGAUCUGGGACCAGAUGGCCUGAAAUCAUGUUCAGAGGAUCAGGUUAAAUCAAGGUCCCAAACAUUCUAGCAAGAAAUAACAGCCAAGUCAUCUGGUGUCUUUCUGAAUGCAAGUCUAGCUAAAUUAUGUUGGGAAAUCAUGAUACAAGUGGAAAUUAGGACCUCCUGGUCUUGUUCCUAAAAAUGCAGUACUUUCAUAUUUUGGAGAAAAAAAUUAUCUAAUCAUAGAAUUAAGCA